GCGACUUGAAACGUAAUGAGAACCCAAACUCGCAUCGUCAUCCUCUAACUGUAUGCUAGGAAUUCGAAGGAGAGACCGAAACGCCUAAUGGAAGCGGGAAUCUUACUGCGUCCCAUUUCAUGGACGCCAAGGCCGCCCCCUCUUCGUCGUCUCCUCUACCCCAAUUUCCCUUGUUCCGUCAAAGCUUCUUCCGAAUUCCCGGGAGCGGGUUACAGGGGACCGAAGCCCAAGAGGGAUUGGGUCGCCGACUGGGUUUCCAGAAACGACGACGUUGUUCGCAGCUUGCCUAUUUACGUUGGAGGCCUCUCCCUCUUUGCUGUUCUCUUCAACCGCGCUGCUUCAGGUAUCGCCCCUGUUGCAGACGCCAGCAGUUCACAGUCCAGAGCUGAUUUACUGACACUUGGUUUGGCUGUUACCAAUGUUCUUGCUGGUCUGGUGUGGCUGUCUAUCCGACCAAAAUCUGUUUCUAAGGUAAAUCCUCAAGGUGUAGAAUGUCGGAAGAUAUGUUCUGAUCUUCCUGAUUGUAUAGUUUCUGAAUUGCUGUGGACGUGGGAAUCUCUGUCAGUUGUGACAUGCUGCAGGUCAUUGGUAAUUGUUUAUGAAGGCAGUUGCCUUCUUCAAAUUGGGGUGGCAGCUGAAUCUAAUGGUGGCUAUACCAUGGAGGUGGAUGCCCCUAAAUUAAUUCAAGGGUUGCUUUAUCAAGGUGUUAUGAAGUCUGGAGCCCAAAGUUACUUGGCCAACUUAUCUCUUUAUCCUGGAAAGUCUGAGUUGCCAUUUCUACCUUCAAAUACACAGGCAGUUAUCUUACAGCCACUUGGAGAUAAAGGAAUUGCAAUAAUUGGUGGUGACACAAUCAGGGGCUUCACAACUGCUGAUCAGGCAUGGAUUACAUUAAUUGCUGAGAAGUUGGACACCACACUCUCCAGAUUUGCAACAAACCUCACAGUGGCCAUGCAAGAUAAAAUUUGACACUACUCACCAAUGAAGUAACAACUGUUGAUAUUAUCCAUGGUCUACAUUUAAGCAGUAACUUUAGGUAAUUAUCUAAGAAUUUUCCAUUCCAGACCUUCAUUGUUCAUAUCAGUACUGACAGAUGCCAAUUCCUCGCAGUCUAUUCUCAAUUAUCAAGUUUGGGAAAAGUUUAGGUACUAA